CUGCCCACCUUCCACUGCUAGAGAUUUUAGAAAUAAUAAAGCGCGAGGGUGGGAGACCCAUCCCAUUCUCUUCUGAACCCUGUAAAGAAACCCCAAGCCACCUUGCUGUUCCUGCUCUCGAUGGGCCAAACUCUGAGCGAUGCGUCCUCAUCAGAAGGAGAUCGGACUUCUCAACCUGCGAUCCAACCCUCUCCAUCGCCAUCAUCAUCUCCUUCCCCGGCGCUUUCCUUGGAAGCUCUGGUCGCAGAAGCUACAGCUUCGGGCGGUGAUGAGAAUGAGGAGUCACUAGAUGUGAAGGCACAGAAAGCACUUGAGUGCCCCUGCGUUGCAGAGUUGAGAAAGGGUCCUUGUGGGACUCAGUUCACGGAGGCUUUUGUCUGCUUUAUUAAGAGCACUGCUGAAGAGAAGGGAUCGGACUGUGUGAAUCCUUUUAUUGCUUUGCAGGAUUGCAUCAAAGCAAAUCCUGAUGCAUUUUCCAAGGAUGUUUUAGAUGAAGAGGAAAAUGAAAGCGGUAAGGGGGAAGAGAAAGUGGAAGACUACAAGAUAAUACCUCCGGAGUGGUCCAGAGAACCCAAAUCAAAGAAAUGAGAUCUGAGAUCUUACUCAAUUUGUGGCCAUCUUGUAGCUUAUGAACUUUAUUACUCCAUAUAUUCUUUUUGCUGAUUUAGUUAGGUUUUAUUUCCAUUAUAAUCAUCUGUUUGGGCUUCAAUUUUAGCUUGAAAGUCCCAACAUUAUAUUCUGCUUUUUUUAAUUACAUCUUGAGCAGCACUGAAAUAGAUUGAAUUGUCAAGUAGAUGAUUACAAUAAAAAGGUUUCUCUUGUGUGAUGGUUCUACAAACAUAUGGUGAAAGCCUGGAUUUACAAGUAACUUUGCAAAAGAUUUUGCUCUUAUUUUCUGCUGCAUUGAGAGAUUUGGCUAUAGAAAGAGUAGGGGGCAAUAAAAAAGCAGCCUGUUUAUGAAUUUAUUUUGCAUUUAAUACUGCAGUAAUGGAAAUUAAAUCCUGGAGAGGUUUCCUCCCCAGAAAGAAGAGUGAAAAGAGGGACUGAAAGGGAGAGAAGAAUGUUGGGUUCUUGAUGUAGAAUUUCUAGUGGAGAUAAAGACUAAAGAGCAACCUAAACCAGAUCCACAAAAAGCUUGGCACAAUUAAUGGGGCUGUUUUUGUCAGACUAAUGAAAUAAACAAUUGGCACACUACUUACAUCUGGCACAAAAUUUUCUUUAUUUUGUUUCUUGUCUUCCUUUCAGGGACAAUCUCCUCUGUGAAGACAAAUCUCAUGAACCGGGGGGAUCUUUGGCUCACAGGGUUGAAAGAUGAACAAUGUCGACUGUGGACUCUUACCGAGGGACAAGCAUGUGUGUGUACACACACACACAUUUUGCAAUUGGAAUUUCAAAUGGAGGCUAAAGGCUAAAUACCAAGCCAAAGCAUAUCCUCGAAGACCCUCCUCCAGCAAGUAGAUGAAGAUGAGUGGGUAUCUGGCAAUAGCAUAUUUGAAGGCAGAGGCAUAAGGAUUCAAUCCAUCCAAAUUCUCAGUGCCGCAAUAGAGAAUCUGGCUUCAGCAAAUUCAGAAGCAGAAGCUCUCGCUGGAAAAACAGCCUCAAAAACACUAAUUUCUCCAAUCAUGGAGGCUGCCUAAUGAAGCCACUAAUGCAGAAGUAAUAAACUCAUGCAAGUGGACUGCUGUUAUAUGCAACCAAGGUACACUAUCUCGGUCUGGGCCGCUCACUGCUGCCACCUUGCUACUAUGUUGGUGUAAUUGAUAUGGAGGCUGGUUUGACGUACCGAAUUUCGGUAUGCCCCUUAUACUACGUAUAAGUUUUUGGUACCA